AAGAUGAAAUAAGCUCUAACCAUAUCGCAUCAUUUUCACCUAUUAAUAAUGACAAGAAAACGAAUACAAUUUCUAAAAUCAGAAGUCAAACUACAAACAAAAGAAAACCAUCAUUCGUAAGACCAUAUUUUGAAAAGACUUUUGAUGAAAAAGGCAAGCCAGACAUUCAUCAUAUUGUUAAUAAUGAUGAAAAUAGAAGUGAAUCUAAGCCUAAAAGA